AUGCGUUUUCGUAAAUCGGUCGCGUUACAGGAGGCGGAGUCGGACUUCAAGUUUGCGAUUGGAUUCAAUGUCCCACUCCCAAACACCGCCACCUCUAAAAAUUUGGUGGGUGUAACAGACUCACUAUCUAUCUAUCUAUCUAUCUAUCUCUUCUUUCUUCUUUUCUCUCUGCCGCGUAUUUGUCUCUAUCUACUUUGUAUUUUCUUCUUCGCUUUCUCUCUUUCGAUUCCCUUGCCAUUUACCGUCGUCGACAAAGUCUACCAGUACAUGAGUUGUCUCCCCGAGGAUAAAGUGCCAUACAUUAAUAGCCCUGGAGAGAAGUAUCGCAUUCGCCAACUUCUCCAGCAGUUGCCUCCCCACGAUAACCAGAUCCGGUACUGUAACAGUCUAAGUGAAGAAGAGAAGCGCGAAUUGCACAUUUUCAGCUCGAGACGAAAGCGCGAGGCUCUCGGCCGUGGCAGCGCCCGUCAGUUGCCCAUUACAGACACCAACUCAACCUGCUCGAACUGUCAGAAGCCGAUCGCCGGCGGUGCCAUGGCCGUAUUCGCAUCGAGGGCUGGGCCCGACUCUAGUUGGCAUCCCAGCUGCUUCGUGUGUUCCGUCUGUCACGAGUUACUGGUUGACCUGAUCUAUUUCUAUCAGGAGGAGCGACUCUACUGCGGCCGACACCAUGCUGAGAUACUGAAACCAAGAUGUGCUGCUUGUGAUGAGAUUAUCUUCGCCGACGAAUGUACAGAAGCCGAGGGCCGAAGCUGGCACAUGAAACACUUCUGCUGCUUUGAGUGUGACUUUCAGUUGGGGGGUACGCGCUAUUUUAUGCGUGAGGGUCGUCCUUACUGUUGCGAUUGCUUUGACCGCAUGUACACCCGUUACUGUGAUACUUGCGGGGACAGUAUCAGUACCGACGAGGACCAGAUCAUGUACGAGGGUCAACACUGGCACGCCCUGCCCCAGUGUUUCAAGUGUCACACCUGUCAGAAAUCGUUACUCGGCCAACGCUAUUUACCCAAGCACGGGGUCAUCUACUGCUCGGCAUCGUGUAGUCGUGCGGGGUCUAUGCAGACUCAGACGCCUAGGAGACCGGAGGAUUACUUCCACGAUUUGAAUUUGCAGAGCUACACUCUGCCCCACUCCCCACCAUCGGCUCCACCGAAUUUCCCUCCGCCGCCUCCGCCUACGUCACACGCCCAGGAUAACAACGGUCAACACCAAACGCCGCAACAACUGACCAGCGACUUUCAACAGCAAUGUACGUUAGACAGCUGCGUCUCUUCUGACCGCGACCAGGGCUACGCGACCAGCAGUAAUAGCGAGGCCUACGCCCCGCUUGAUUUUAAUUAUAUGCGACCAGUCACCCCACACAGAGACGAUUCGGACCUUUACAAUUAUAAUUUUACUCGGAACGGACUCGUCGACUCUGCCCCUGCUUGUAGUGGGGGUGGCGGUGGUAGCAGCAGUGGAGGCAGUAGCGGUGGAGGUGGCGGCGGAGAGCUGAGGCGUAAGCAUAGACUAUCUCAGUUCUCCAUGCCAGAUCUCACCAAAGACAUGCCUGGAUCGCCCGAAUCUGAGCGCAUGGCGGCCUUCCAAAACUGGAAGCGUCAUUGCCACGGAUCGGAGCGGAGCCUAGACAACCCCAACCUUCUGCCCCACCACCACCAUCACCAUCUCCACCAUAACCACAACCACAAUAAUUACCAGCAGUUACAGGAAUACGACGACUGCAGUGGUGGCGGCGGCGGUAGCGUCAGCGGGAGCGAGAGAACUGCCGACGAAGGCAAUAUCUAUCAGGAGAUCUUGUCCAACCACAGUCCCCACCAGUCGCACAGCCCCCACUUACCGUACCCUCACAGUGGAACAUCGACCGAGUACUCUCCGAAUAACUUUUCAGAAGCGAUGCUGGUCCAGCAACAAUAUCAGAGGAGCCAGCGUUCAAUGACACCGACGAGAGAUUAUUCGUCAAUCCCCUUACCGGAUGACCAGAAGAUGAAUCCCAUCAGCCGGCCUGCCGAACCUCGGCCGCUUUACGAGAUGCGACAACGCGGUCUCCCACAGGUCCACCAGUUGCCGCAAUUGCGACAACAGCACCAACAUCACGCACAACACCAUUCACAGCAGCAACCGGUGGCACAAGGAUGCCCGCGCAGUCAUAGUUUCGAUAGCCGACCGAUGGUUGUGCAUUUCAGCGACCCACCUCAUCAGGGGGCACCGCCCUUGCCGCCGCCGCCGCCUCCAGGUGACCACGCCAAUAAGAGAAGCCCCUCAGAUCCGGCUAUUCAUAGCCGCCGCCAAGACGGUAAUGGCGAACAUCAAGAUCGUAAUCAACAGGACGACGAGGAGGAGGACGACGACCGUUGUAGUACAUGUUCAAGCUCCAGUGAUUCGGAUGAUUAUUAUUAUUAUUACGACUGUCCUCGUCGUUACGGAACUCGUAUAUCUUAUGUCGAUGACAUCGGAAUGUCUGGCUGCCGAGUGGGGCGAGGAGGACGAGUUGAAGGCCGAAACACGAGCGGCCGAAAUCACAGGGUCGAAAGUGGAAACGAGACAUGUUUUAUUAUUCCAAAGAGUAAACAAUACACGUCACUCCAGAGCGGAACGCGAUAG